AUGGAUAAAUCAGUGAAAAUAAACGAAAAAGGAACUGGAAUUACAGAUUAAAUUUAGAAUGAAAUAGUCACAAUUGUUAAAAAUGCCAUUUAAGUGAAUAAGCAAUUUUUGGGGGAAGUUUGCAACCAAAUUGCAAAUGUUUUGUGUCAAAAAUAUGGAGGAUGGUGGUGUUGCUUUGUAACAGAUAAAGACGCCAAUUACGGAUCAAGAUUGUUUCAUUUUGAUCACAUGUACUUAGAUGCAACAAUAGAAUAAAAGCGAUUUACUAUUUUCAAAUCAGCAAAAUGA